GGGGGGCGGGGCCAGCAGCCGUGAGGGGAGAGGGGCGAGGAGGAGGAGGAGGAGGAGGUGGCAGCGGCAGCGGAGGGAGCUGUGUGCUCCUCGUCCCUCUCUACUCCCCUUACUUGCCCUUACGGGCGCCGGCCCCAUGCUGAGAGCGGUUUAUCGGCCCCCAUCAGCGUUUAUUCGAGCUAUCCCGUUAUGUGUCCCUCACAAACAGGCGUCUCCCCCCUCAGCCUCUAAACGCAAAGAUAUUUGCGAGUAAGCCGCUCGGCGUAGUAUAGCAGCUUCUCUACGCCCGCAGAGCGAAGGGAAGAUUUCGCCUCCGCCGUCGGUGAGGGUGGGAGCUCCAUGGCUACCGUUGGCGGAACCUGAGUGCCGCGGUGUGUGUUCCCCCGCCGGGCCGGAAGCGGUGGGACCCCCGGUAACGGCGGGAAGGGAACAAGGACGAGACUGCCGAGCGGGAUUCAGCCUGACCGCGGGCCGCAGCUUUUCUGUGCCUUUCCUGUUCUACGAGGUGGAGAUAAACUACGGUAACUUCCUCUGGAUAUUGGUAUUGUUAAAUUAAUUUCAAACCUGUUAGUUGCCUUACUGGAAGUGAACUCUUCAAGUUUACCGUGAUGGCUCUGACUACUACGUUGCUGAGCAGUGCUUACUUACGUGGUAGAUGCUACAGGCACAAAGUUUUGCACCCCUUACUUGGACCUCUCCUCAGCGAUUCUGUGUCAAAAUCGUAUAGCAGCUACAGGAGGCCAGGGUCACAGCCUGAGAAAAAAAUGUCUUGGCAAGAUAUUGAUUUCAGUUUUAAGAAGGGCUUUGAUGUCUUAAAGACUCAGCUAAGCAUGCUGAAGAAGGAGACCAAGGAUUACUUAGUAGGGCCUGGAGGCCAUCGAUUGGAUCAGUACCUGUUGGAACAGACAAAGGUGGUGUGGGAGUUUCGGAGCCAAGAAGAUUUGAAUAAAUGGGUUAUUUCCUCUGAUGUGGAGAUUGGAGGCAAAAGUGAAGUUUACCUCCAGUUGGGCAGGAAUAACCAGGCUGCUCUGCUCUAUGGAACCCUCAAUACAGAAGUGCCUCGUGAUGGGGAGACGCAAUACAGCGGAUAUUGCAGUAUGAGAGCGAAACCGCCCAUGGGAUCUUUUUUUAGGAAGAAGUACUAUGACUGGUCAAACUUCAACAGUCUGUAUUUACGUGUCCGUGGAGAUGGCAGACCUUGGAUGAUAAACAUUUAUACAGACCCUUACUUCUCUCAUCAAAAGGAUGACCUCUACAACUACUUCAUGUUCACCCGAGGAGGCCCGUACUGGGAGGAGAUAAAGAUUCCGUUCUCCAAAUUCUUUCUCUCCAGUCGGGGAAGAAUCCAGGAUGACCAACAUCCUAUCUGGCUAGACAAGGUUAGUACCCUUGGCUUCACCAUUGGAGAUAAAGUAGAUGGUCCAUUCCAGCUGGAGAUUGAUUUUAUUGGCUUGCUAAAUGAUAGAGCUCAUACAGAAGAAUUUGCCUAUGAAAUGUAUGAAAAGAAUCCUCGAGUCUAAGUUGGACUGGUUCUUCAGAUGCUUGGUUCAUUGUAAUAAAACACUUUACCAUGUGACUUGUAACAACUUGAAGAUUCUAUGUAAACAUUGAGGUAAGUGCAUGAAGUGUUGACUGUAGUGAUCUGACUAGAGUGACACCAUUGCCAUCUUCAAGCCACCAAACACAGAAUCCUGGAGAUACUACACAUACAUGGACUGGGACAGAGCCUGAGACUUGCAGUACACUCCUACAAAGUAGGAACUGUUGACUAAGCUUUGGCUUCUGCCCUGACCUUUACAGAAAUAAAGGUACUUCAUGAGCA